UAUUUUUCUCUGUUUUUUUCUUUCUUCUUCUUCUUGCCUUCUAAUAUCAUCUUCCAACGUCUCUGUCACCUUUGAAUUAUCAACCCGCCACCGCCAUGGCCGCCAUUGCUACUGCUACAGCUCUUUCGCUUCCCAUUCCUCUAAGUCGAUCUUCCAAGUUUAACUCCAAAAGGUCUGUGAGAGGAGGCUUUAGAGUCUUUGCAGUCUUUGGAGAAGAAGGCGCAUUAGUGGACAAGAAAAGCCCAUGGUAUCCGCUCUUUGAUGUAGAGGAUCCAAGGUCUAAAAUUCCCCAGUGCAAAGGGAAAUUUCUGGACGUGAAUCAGGCCUUAGAAGUUGCUAGAUAUGAUAUACAAUACUGCGAUUGGCGGGCUCGGCAAGACGUUCUCACUAUCAUGCUCCUGCAUGAAAAGGUCGUAGAAGUAUUAAACCCUCUUGCCCGGGACUUCAAAUCAAUUGGAACCAUGAAGAAGGAGCUUGCAGAGUUGCAAGAAGAGCUUGCGCAAGCUCACAGACAGGUGCAUAUAUCAGAAGCAAGGGUUGCAACUGCUCUUGAUAAACUGGCUUACAUGGAGACAUUGGUCAAUGACAAGCUGCUUCAAGACACAACCAGAUCAGAAGCCAGUCGUGUAGAUUCUUCUCCCAGCACUUCUCAACCAUCUCUUGAAACUGUAAAAAGUAAGCUACCAAGGAGCAGCUUGAAUGUUUCUGGACCAGUCCAACCUUAUAAUCCCCGUUUGAAGAACUUUUGGUACCCCGUGGUUUUCUCUGCAGACCUGAAGGAUGACACCAUGGUUCCUAUUGAUUGCUUUGAGGAACCUUGGGUAAUCUUUCGUGGGCAAGAUGGGAAACCUGGAUGUGUCCAAAACACCUGUGCUCACAGAGCCUGCCCACUUCACCUGGGUUCAGUCAAUGAGGGUCGCAUACAGUGUCCCUAUCAUGGGUGGGAAUACUCUACUAAUGGGAAAUGUGAAAAAAUGCCAUCUACAAGAUUGGCUAAUGUAAAGAUCAGGGCAUUGCCAUGCUUUGAACACGAGGGGAUGAUAUGGAUAUGGCCAGGCAAUGAUCCUCCAACAGCCACCCUUCCUUCUUUACAGCCUCCUUCAGGAUUCCAAAUACAUGCUGAGAUUGUUAUGGAACUUCCAGUAGAACAUGGACUACUCUUGGACAACCUUUUGGAUCUUGCACAUGCUCCUUUCACUCAUACAUCCACUUUUGCCAAGGGAUGGAGUGUACCCAGCUUGGUUAAAUUUUUGACACCUGCAUCUGGCCUUCAAGGAUAUUGGGAUCCAUACCCAAUAGAUAUGGAAUUUCGACCACCCUGUAUGGUGUUGUCAACCAUCGGAAUCUCGGAGCCUGGCAAAUUAGAGGGACGGAGCACUGAUCAAUGCACUACUCACCUUCAUCAACUUCAUGUUUGCUUACCUGCAUCUAGGCAAAAGACAAGAUUAUUAUACAGAAUGUCACUAGAUUUUGCUCCUGUGCUAAAACAUAUCCCUUUCAUGCAAUAUUUAUGGAGGCAUUUUGCAGAAAAGGUUUUGAACGAAGAUCUACGACUAGUGGUUGGCCAACAAGAUAGAAUGAUUAAUGGAGCAAAUGUUUGGAAUUUGCCAGUUUCAUAUGAUAAGUUAGGAGUGAGAUACAGAAUGUGGAGGGACGCAGUGGACCGGGGAGUGAAACAAUUACCCUUCAGCAAAUCAGUAUAGCAUCAGGUUCAAGGUUGUUCAACUUGGGUUUUUCAUAAUAAAUCAUCAAAGCAUGCCAGAACUGCAGACGAUUGUGCCAUCCCUUUAACUGGUAUCAGUUUCUACCUGCUCUACCACAGGAAAGCUGCAGUCUCAGCCGGGAACUGUAAUAUACUCAUUCGAGGCAGAAAGAAAAUGGUUUUCGAAUAACACGCUUGUAAAGGAACUCUGCACUUAUCUUUUUUUGAUUGCUUAGUGUACAGUUAAUCAGGCUCCAACCCUCCCUAUUGUAUCCUCUGAGUGGAACACUUCCCUUUUCCCACUUUUGCCCAAUUGCCUUCCCCAGAUUCUUUUAUUUGUGAUUUAGCCUCAUGGGAACCAUGCAGGUUCUUUUACUCCUGAAGUCUUGUUUCAGCCUGGGAAAUGAAACCACUUCUGUACCAUACCAAAACAUGUUUUCUUUGAACGAAAUCAAUAUUCAUUAAUAGCUUGAUGCCUUGAUCUGA